UAGUUCAUGGUUUUAACCAGAUCUUUCGGAGGAGCGACAUUUUGAGAAUGCGUACAACUCAAUUUCCCAGAAUGCAACGCGCACUUGUGAAGGUCACGCAGCCAUCGUUUAUUGGUGCGCACCGCUUUCUUUCUGCAAGGUCGCGUUUUGGCCAGGUUUUGUAUCCAACAUGGCUGAGAAGGAAGAGUUCACGGACAUCAGAGGGAAGCCGAUUAAACUAUCCUGCCAGAAUUAUUCUCCUUUGUGCAGAGAGUUCACCAUCAGCUCCUGUAAGCUGUCUCUGGUCAGGGUGAUGGUGCUGACCUGCGGCGUGUGGCUGCUCGCUUAUGCAGGCUUCUACCUGACACAGAACACGGCGGUUCUGUCCGCCGCCAUCUUCGUGACUUUAUCAGGAAUGCUGCUGCAUGUUCACUUCGUAAAGGUGGACCACGAGACGCUGCUCAUCGUCGGCUCGCUCGGCGUCCAGCUGUCCUCCGCUUACGCCUCGGGCCGGGAGAGCACCACCUUCAUCGAGAUGAGCAGGAUAAAAGACAUCGUCAUUAACGAGGCCAUCCACAUGCAAACGAUCAUCUACUACCUGUGCAUUUUGCUGAAGGAUCCUGCAGAGCCUGAUGGAGUCAGCAGUGUUGUCCCGCUUUUCCAGAGCUCAAAGCCGAGGCUGAACUGCCUGGUGCAGGUGUACAGGAGCUGUCAGGAGAUAAUUGGACAGACACGAUGACGACGCUGACGGAGGAGCUGAAGGUAUAAAUGUCAGCGCGUCUGGUCCUGCCACAUGCUCCGAAUAUCUCUGCGAUUACUCUCUAAUUUCCUGAAUAUUUUUAGAGCCUUUUUUUUGUGUCUCUUCAGCAGAACCCUUUGACAAAAGGCUUUGAAAAACCCUUUCAGAGUCUCCAGAUGAACCGUGAAACUUCAGUCUAAAUCAGUGUUUCUACUCCAUUGUGCUGUAUUUAAAGGUAUUCUCACCACGUGGUGUGAUGUGGAUUAAAGAUCUAAGUUUAGAUAUUUCUCAAUAAAAGUCUUGUGAUAUCGUGUA